AUGAAGAUUAAGGCACUGAGUCGCUCAGCUUCGGCAUACCAGCCGCCCGGCUCGGAAGUGCCCAAAGCACCUCGCAAUCUCGAUCCCGCUAUUCAUCCCUUCGAACGGGCACGAGAGUACAAGAGAGCUCUCAAUGCGGUCAAGUUGGAACGGAUGUUUGCGCAGCCAUUCAUCGCCCAGCUUGGUCGCGGACACGUCGACGGCGUUUACUCGUUAGCCAAGGAUCCAAACUCUCUCGAUCGAUUCGCAAGCGGUGCUGGUGAUGGAGUUGUCAAAGUGUGGAAUUUGACUAGCAGGGAGGAAGUUUGGAAGACCACUGCCGCAGAAAACACCGUCAAGGGGAUGGCAUGGACAAAGGACCAGAAGCUCCUCACCGUCUCCGCCGACAAGAAUGCGAAGCUCUUCGAUCCAUACAAUACCCCGAGCGACUCGGCUCCGAUCAACACUUGGCUGGGAGGGCACGCACUAUCAAGCAUAAGCAUGCAUAGAUCGAAGAACGCGUUCGCCGUCUCCUCCGAUUGCAUCUCGGUCUAUGAUCUGGAUCGGUAUACGGCAGCCCCCGAGGUACUUCGAUGGCCGAAAUCCGGGGAAACCAUCACAUCCGUGGCCUUCAACCAGAGCGAAACGUCUGUAUUGGGGUCCACAUGUACCGAUCGAUCGAUUACACUCUUCGAUCUGAGAACUUCGGCUGCGCUGUCACGGACAUUCCUUGACUUCUACUGCAACAAGCUGGCAUGGAAUCCGGUCGAGCCGAUGAACUUUGCGGUUUGCUCAGAGGAUCAUAACAGCUACAUGUUCGAUAUGCGUCGCAUGGACCGUGCUCUGAACGUCUUCAAAGAUCACGUGGCAGCCGUCAUGGAUGUGAGCUUUUCGCCAACAGGAACCGAGCUGGUCACUGCCAGUUGGGACAGAACAGUCCGAUUAUGGGACAGAGAUCAAGGUCAUUCUCGAGAUGUCUGUACGUAUACCGAAGUUUUUUGCUGCUUCCGUCCUAGACACGGUCCGGGAAACGGAUCUCGAAAUCGCAAGAUUCCAGCCUUGCGAAUGAGAGUUUUCGCGACCGAAUAUACGCCUGAUAGCAAGACUGUCAUCAGCGCUAGUGACGACGGCAACGUGAGACUGUGGCGAGCCCAUGCCUCAAACCGCGAGGGUGUCAAGUCAGCUCGGCAUAGACAAGCACUGGAAUACAACGAGGCCCUGUCGGCGAGAUAUAGUCAUAUGCCCGAGAUCAGGCGCAUUAAACGCCACAGACACAUCCCUAAGGUUGUGAAGAAAGCGGGUGAGAUUAAGAAGGACGAGCUUAAGGCUAUCAAGAAACGAGAAGAGAACGAACGUAAACACACCAAGAAGCAGUUCGAGAAGCGGAAGAGCGAACGCGAGAAGGUGGUCCUGGCCAGGGAGAAGUAA